AUGCCUGGCCAACUGCGAAGCCGCUUGCGGCGAGUUCUGACUGGCGAAGAGGGCCACAGUGGCCCCUUGGGCAAGUUCAAGUCGAAAAACGCAAAGCACGCGCUUCCAGAGAGCGACUUUUAUCUCCCAGGCGAGAAGAUGCCGCCGCUCAAGUAUCGUCGACCCGUCGACCCGGAGCACAAGAAACGGUUGGAGGCCUUUAGCUUCACAACCGCCUGGAGGAGGCACAGCAACGCCAGCCUGUACUCGCCCAUGGGAACGCGGUUGUCGAGUCGUAGGAGUAGUUUCCGCAGCAGACGAAGCCGCAGUCGUAGCAUGCUCCGUAGUCGGAGAUCCAGUGUGUCGAGCGAGUACGACCACGAGGAUUGGGUAGACAGUGGUAUUGGUGCGAGCAUCGCAGGUGAUGACCGGCCGGCCAAUAUAAGAGAGGCCAGCGAUGACGAGGGCGAUGUCCUCAAUGUCGGCCUCUCACGCAACCCUACAGAAGACCCACGCGAUGCACGCCGCAAGCAAUCCGCAGCUCUCCGCCGUUCUAGUUCGGUGAGACAGUUGUCGCGUCCAGGCACAGGCUCCGACCGCACUCGCCAGCCCUCGGCCUCGGUCCCCUUUACGGCAGAAGAACUCCAGCUAGCCCUGCAAAAAUCACAUCUAGAAGCCACUACCGAGGAAUCGGAUCGCAGUGCGGGAACGACGCCCUUUGACGACUUUGACGACUUUGCAGACCCAAGUCCGUUCCUGAGACCGCGUGGUGGCUCCAUUUACGUGCCCUAUGACGGCCAGGGCACACCGCCAAAACUGCCCUUCUGGGGCACCGCCUACCCCUCCAACGACGACACCCCGAGCGUCGGCCACUUUUCCCGACGACCCUCUGUAUUCGCGACCGAGGACGAUGUUGCCUGCACCCCGCAAUAUGAACGUCGUGAAUCUGCCUUCUUCCCCGUCGAUGCCCCAGGCCUCACGCCCGCCCGCCGAACUUCGGUGUUCGUCGCGGUCGAGCAAACGUGCGAAUGCCCGCCCGCAGAAGCAAAACCAAUCCGCAAACCCCUGCCAUGUGCACCCUGCGACGCCAUUGCCGCCAUUCUUGCACGACCAGAUUAA